AUGGGGAAAACUUUGUUUAUUGUUCAAACAUAUACUAUUGGAAAGGAGAUGUUUGUUGAAGAAAUAGCACGACAAACUGGAAUGAAAAUACAUGUUGAUGAGAAUAAAUAUUCGAUUGUUAAAUUAUGUAAAAGAGAUUUAUCAUUAUAUACGUUAGAAGAAUCCUCUUUAGAAAUAAGAACAAGUAUAUCAAAUAUUAGUAUAUCAUCUUUAACAGUAGAAUUAUCACAAUUACCUAAUAAAUAUGAUAAAAUUAUUAUAUUUCAACCUACUGGAUGGGCAAAGAAAACAACAUGUAAAGGUUCUUUUGAAGUUAAAGAAUAUAAAAUGCCAUAUUCGGAACAUAGUAGUUUUAACGAAUUAAUUGAUUGUUAUAAAAUGAUUCGUGCUGAUCAUGUUAUUCCUUCUGUUAUUGGUGAAGGUCAAACUUCUCAAAAAAUUAUUGAAAUGAUAGAAAGAGAAAGCAAACCAAAACCAGGUACAUUGGACUCUUUUUUCAAUUGUAAAAAAAGAAUUAGUUCAGAGUCUAUUGUUCCUCAUAAAAUAAAAGAUUUUCAUAAACCUUUACUUUCAAAUAAACAAGUUGUUUCUUCAAUAAUAAUUGAUUAA